AUGGUUAUCUUACAGGUAUGGAUGUUGAUUCAUUCGUUGCGUGCUCUCAAACGGUAUAAUGAUUUUAAUAAUGCAGUGAAAGAUUUUGGGAGACUCUUCUAUGCAGAGGAUUGUUUGCCAGAUUUGUUCCCCCUCCAACUUAGGAUAUUUGUUUCAUGGGAAACCAGUUCACUGGUAGCAAAGAUAAGCCAAAAGGAAAAUGUGUCGGACUUCUACAAGAAAGCUUGGGACAUUUUCAAUUCUGCAUAUAGCUCAGGAGAACUGGCUUUAGCUUUUGGAGAUUUACUUAGAAUGCUAUGGGUUCCUGGAGCAUCACCUGUGGCACCAAGAUUGUUCAAGAUGAAACUAGCUAACUUUGCUCCUCAGUUUAGUGGUUAUAUGCAGCAUGAUUCUCAAGAACUGCUUGCUUUUUUGUUGGAUGGACUGCAUGAAGACCUUAAUCGUGUAAAACGCAAGCCAUAUCAUGAAGUUAAGGAUGCAGAUGGCCGUCCAGAUGAAGAAGUGGCUGAAGAGUAUUGGCGAAAUCAUCUUGCUCGCAAUCAUUCAAUAGUAGUUGAUUUGUGCCAAGGUCAGUUCCGAUCAACAUUGAUUUGCCCUUUUUGCAAGAAGGUUUCUAUCACCUUUGACCCUUUUAUGUACCUAUCUCUUCCGUUACCUUCUACAACGAUAAGGACCAUGACUGUGACUGUCGUGAGCUCUGAUGGGGUCGCAUUGCCUUCUGCAAUUACCGUAACAGUGCCUGAACGUGGAACAAUUAAGGAUCUGAUUGGGGCCUUAACUGCUUCUUGUUCUAUGAGAGAGGAUGAAACCCUCUUGGUGGCUGAGAUAUACAGGAACAGAAUUUUUCGGGUAUUGGAGGGUCCAUCUGAUUUAUUGGCUGACAUCAGAGAUCAAGACAAACUUGUUGCUUACCGAGUGCAGAAGUAUAAUAAAGAUAGCCUCUUGAUUGUUUUCAUUCAUGAACGAUUGGUGGAAAGGUAAGCUUUUUCUAUGUCAUAAUUCCACAUCUACAGACUGGAGUAGUUUCAGUUUGUUCCUACAGUACCUUCCCGUAUAUGUUUAUCCCUAAUAAUUAUUGCAUGCCCCUUGACCGGAAGUACACACUCACUGUAGACAUCAUGCUGCAAUAUCACUUUUUUUGCCACAUUUGGCACAAUCUCUAGUUUUGGGAGCACAUACUCCUAGAGUAUUUAGUGAUUUUACAUUUUUACCUACCCCAAUAAUUAAACCUAAUGGCUUAUUUGGUACUUGGGAGGGGUCUGAAGUAAAUAGUAUGGAGAAAAGGGCUGGAGACGAGAGGAUAGCCCCUACCUUGCAUGAGGUUUUAUUUGGGGGGAACUCCUAGAGUAUUUAGUGAUUUUACAUUUUUACCUACCCCAAUAAUUAAACCUAAUGGCUUAUUUGGUACUUGGGAGGGGUCUGAAGUAAAUAGUAUAGAGAAAAGGGCUGGAGACGAGAGGAUAGCCCCUACCUUGCAUGAGGUUUUAUUUGGGGGGAACUCAAAAAAGGAAUUGGGAGAAGAAUUAAAAUAUUCCAGCAUCCUUUAGUUUUUUAUAAUAGCACUCUUGAAACAAAGAAAGAGAUUCUCCCAUCCGAAAACACUCUCCCGAACAAGGUAAGAAAUUCUCCUCCUCUCCCCUACCCCAAAGUCCUCCAUACCCAUUCUAUCUCCCAACAAGACCUAAAGAAACAUUAGAUUCCACUUAUUCAUGUG